AUGAGCUCUUUUGGUUCCAGGCGCAAAGCGCGCGUGAUCAAAGUCUCCGACGAUGGCGACGAUGCGCCUGAAAGAGUCGCCUCAGACCAAGACGCCCCCAAGCCAGUGUUCGCAUCUCGUGCCGGACGAAAACCCGUUCGUCAAUCCAGUCUACGGAAAACCGCAAACGACGAUGACGCCGCCCAUAAGAGUGCAGACGAGGACGAGGACGAGGGCCCGGCCGUUGUGAGGCCCAACAUCGCGCGCAGCAGCUCGAGCCAGAAGAAGCGGAUGCCACUCAAGUCAAAGCUGUCCUCCGGUCGCAGAAGUGGCGACGACGACGACGUUGGCGAGGAUGCAAUCACCCGACCGCCCAAGAAGACGCCCCUGGGGAAGCGUGCCAUGGAGAACAGCGCGUCCAAGAAGGGCGUGUCGGCCCUGCCGAUGCGGACCUUCCACAACGACGACGACGAUGAUCGACCCAAAUACAGCAAGGAGUACCUAGAGGAGCUGCAGUCGUCGACGCCCAACACGCCGCGGCCCGUCAGUGCAGCAGCUGCCGACAUGAUGGAGCUGGACGAGUCGGAACUAGACGGUGCGCUGGUGGUCGACGACGCCGGCAUCGGCAGCCUGGCGCCGGCCACGACAGCGACAACGAACGCGACACAAGUCCUCACCGAGGCACAGAUCCGCGAGAAGAAGGAGCGCCGCGUCCGACUAGCACGGGAGCAGGAUUUCCUCUCGGUGGAAGACGACGACGACGACGACGCCGCCGCCGCCGCUCGCAAGCCAGCCGGCGAGUCUCGGCUCAAGGCCUCCGAAGACGAAAUGGGCGAAGGUUUCGACUCGUACAUCGAAGACGGGGGCCUGUCACUUGGCAGACGCGCCGAGAGGGAGCGUCGCAAGCGUGACCGCCAGCAGAUGGCCGAGCUCAUCACGGCCGCGGAGGGCAACCCGGACGAGUCGUCCUCGGAUAGCGACGACGCCGAGCGCCGCAUCGCCUACGAAGCCGCCCAGACGCGCGCCGGGAUGGAGGGCCUCGACCGGAAGCUCCGCAAGGACGGCCACUCCGCCGACAAGCAUCUGCUCAAGGUGCCCGCCAAGAUGGCCCCAAUCCCCAGCCUGCCCGAGUGUAUUGCCAAGCUGCAGCUGUCCCUCAGGACCAUGGAGGCCGAACUGCACGCCAAGGAGGCGCACCUCCAGAAACUGAGGGAUGACAAGGCUGCCAUUGCCGAGCGGGAGGUCAAGGUGCAGAGCUUGCUCGACGACACAGGCAAGAAGUACCAGGAAGCCAUGGCGCAGGGCAAAGUCCAUGACGGCACCACCACCACCACCACCACCGCCGCCGCUUCUGUGUCUAGUGCCGAGAUGCUGGGGGAGAGGGGCCUCGAGAGUAUCGGGGCGACGCCCCAGCGGGAGGGGUCGGCUGGUGACCAGGGGGAGUGA